ACCCCCCCCCAGACCCCCACAGACCCCCACAGAUACCCCCCCAAAUACCCCUUCCCGCCCAAACCCCCCUCGUCACCACCACAAACACAAUCAGGGACCUUGCAAACGGCAGCAGGAGCCAUCGAUACCCCCUCGGCGCGAGACAAAGCGACGAGAGCCCCCUUCUCUGAGGCGGACCUUGGGGGCUUCAGGGACCCUGAAGAGGAACCCCCGAAAUGAGGGGGCUGUACCCCAGGAUGCUGCUGCUACCCCUGCUGCUGCUGCUGCUGCUGGGCGCGGUGAAAGCGGAGUCUCAGGAUGAGGAUGAGGAGGGCGCGUGCGUGCCCGGGUUCUCGCGGCGCACAAACCUCCGCCCGGGCACCCACACUCUGCGGCCCGGCCAGCUGGUGCUCAAAGUGCCGUUUGAGAGCUGCGGCGAGGCCGUGGAGCUGAGCACCAGCGACCGGCGCUUCACGCUGGAGGCCGACGGCAGCCUGCGCGCCGCACGGACCCUGCGCCUGUCCCGCCGGCCCCUGCACCUCACGGUGAGGGCCCGCGCCGUCGGCAGCGGCCGCACCUGGGAGAGCGCCGUCAAGCUGGUGCCGGGCAAGGCCAAGCGCCGUUCCAAGAACAAGGGAAAGCACGGGGGCACGCCCAAGCAGGAGAUGGAGGAGAUGGAGCGCGAGGAGCACGAGGAGGAGCACGAGGCGGUGGGCGUCGGCGCUGCGGGGGAAGAGGAGGCGGCGGCGCACGAAGACGACGGCAGCGUGCUCAUGUUCCACCAGCUGCGGCGCGGCAAGCAGCACCGGCAGAAGCGCGGCUGGGUCAUCCCGGCGAUCAACGUCCCCGAGAACGACCGCGGGCCAUUCCCCAAGCAGCUGGUGCAGAUAAAGUCGGACACGCACGGGGAAAUCCGCUACAGCAUCGUGGGGCCCGGCGCCGACCAGAACCCCAUGGGGGUGUUCAUCGUGGACCCCGUGACCGGGCGCCUCUCUGUCGCCAAGACCCUGGACCGUGAGCUCAUCGCAGAGUAUCUGCUGAAGGGCCACGCGGUGGACAUGAACGGGCGUCCGGUGGAGAGCCCCGUGGACCUCGUCAUCAACGUCAUCGAUAUGAACGACAACCGGCCCGAGUUCGCCACGCCCGUUUUCCAGGGCUCCGUGGCUGAGGGCUCCCCACCAGGCACGCCGGUGAUGACGGUCACGGCGAGUGACAAGGACGACGCCUUAUCGGCCAACGGCAUGAUCCGCUACAAGAUCAUGUCGCAGGUUCCCAAGAUGCCCUUCGACCACAUGUUCACCAUCAACAACGCCACGGGCGUCAUCAGCACCAUCGCCGCCGGGCUGGACCGCGAGAGGACGCCGCAGUACAUGCUGGUGGUGCAGGCCUCGGACAUGGAGGGUGACCCGGACAUCGGCCUCAGGAACACGGCCACCGCCAUCGUCACCAUCACCGACAAGAACGACAACGCCCCCGAGUUUACGAGCAGAACCUUCAGCGGCACAGCGCGCGAGAACGCGGUGAACGUGACGGUGACGACGCUGACGGUGACGGACACGGACGAGCCCGGCACGCCGGCGUGGCGCACCCGCUAUGUCAUCCGCGGCGGGGACCCCGGCAAGAACUUCGCCGUGGAGACCGACCCCCGCACCAACGACGGCAGGCUCUACGUCGUCAAGCCCUUGGACUUUGAGAACUCGUCGAAGUACAACCUCGUCAUCGCCGCGGAGAACGAGGUGCCGCUUGAGAGCGCGCAGUUCGGACCGGCGAGCACCGCGACCGUCACCGUGACGGUGGAAGACGAGAACGAGGGGCCGGUGUUCGAGCCGCUGCGGCGCGAGGUGAAGCUCGCCGAGGGCCUCCCCGUGGGCCACCACGUGACCAACAUGGUGGCACGUGACCCCGACACCGCGCAGAGGCAGACCGUGCGCUACAAGAAGCUUUCUGUGCCGGGCGACUGGCUGGACAUCGACCCUGUGAGCGGCAAGGUGACCACGGCCGUGGUGCUUGACCGCGAGGCGGCCCUGGUGCGGGCCAACACCUACACGGCCACCUUCCUGGCCACGGAUGAUGGCAGCCCCGUGGCGAGCGGCACGGGAACGCUGGUGCUGCUGCUGUCGGACGUCAACGACAACGCCCCCAUCGUGUGGCCCGACGAGGCCAUGGUGUGCGACGUGCGGGGCAGCGUCGUCAACGUCACCGCCAGGGACGCCGACGAGGACUUCAACGGCAGUCCCUUCAGCUUCCAGCUACCGCCCGGCAACCCCGACCCCAACAACAACUGGACCAUCCACCGGGUCGACGGCAGCAGCUCCCAGCUGCGCAUGAAGGUGGCGCUGCCGGAGGGCCUGUACUUCGUGCCGCUGCUCAUCUCGGACUCGGGCAACCCGGCGAUGAGCGCCGUGUCGGAGCUCGAGGUGAAGGUGUGCGCCUGCGACCAGCACGGCGACUGCGUCAAACGCGGCGCCAUCGCCGCCGCCGGCCUCGGCACCGGCGCCAUUGUGGCCAUCCUCCUCUGCCUGCUGCUGCUUCUCAUCCUGGUGCUGCUCUUCGUCGUGUACAAGAAGCGCCGCGACAAGGACCGCGUCGCCAAGCAGCUGCUCAUCGACCCCGAGGACGACGUGCGCGACAACAUCCUCAAGUACGACGAGGAAGGCGGGGGGGAGGAGGACCAGGACUACGACCCGUCGCAGCUGCAGCACGUGAGCGAGCUGCUGCCGCUGGAGGCGCCGUACGGCAAGGGCCCCGGCGUGCGCCGCCUGGACGAGCGGCCCUCGGUGGCCGAGCCGUGCUACCCGUCCCGCUCGGGGGCGCCGCACCCCAGCGACAUCGGCGACUUCAUCAACGAGGGCCUGCGCACGGCCGACAACGACGCGACGGCGCCGCCGUACGACUCGCUGCUCGUGUUCGACUACGAGGGCGCCGGCUCGGUGGCCGGCUCGCUCAGCUCGCUCAACUCGUCCAGCUCGGGGGAGGGCGGCGGCGACCACGACUACGACUAUCUCAACUCGUGGGGGCCGCGCUUCCGCAAGCUCGCCGACAUGUACGGCGGCGGCUAUGACGACUGAGACCCCCCCCUCACCCCCACACACCCUGCCCGCCCCCACCACCACCUCCUCUCAACCCCACGUCAUUAUCCCCCCCGCGCACCUCCACUCACUCCCCCUCCCACACCCCAGCGCCCACCCAGCUACCCUCUCCAGCCUUCGAGACAAACCAACACAACGCCCCCUGACCGGCCGCCCACCGCAUCGCACCGGCUGGACCGCCGAUCCGCCAGCCCGCCCGCCAGCCCGCCCGCCUGUCCGCUGACGGCAAUUUUGAUUUUGGAGGCCACUACUUUUUUCUUCUUUUGGUGGGGGGCGGGGGGGGUAUAACCCGAGUGGAGGACGAGGCGACGGUACGUGUAACAACUUCGUGGUACGAGGGACGAGGCGACGGUACGUGUAACGACUUCGUGGUACGAGGGCGACGUCGCGGUGGUCUUUCCCCCCCCCCCCCCGCGGGUGCCCGGUUUUGGGGAAAUCUGCGUCAGUUCACGACGUCUUGGGGGGGGUGGAGAGAGUGGGCGCGCUUGCGGCGACGCGAUUCCAGAUCUCCAGGUACGGAUGAAGCCGAUCCUGCGUCGGGUUCACGGUGUGUUCAGAAAUUCGUGGACAGCUUUUUCGAAAGUCCGCGUCGCGACCCUGGACGACGCGAGGUUCCUUAUCGACGAAUUGGCGACGCCGAACGUUGGUUUGAGACUAAACCGGCUCGCCCGCCCACCCCGCGAGUUGUACCGCAAGAACCACGGUCGCCGGUUAAAGAGGGUGAGCGGGGCCGGGUGAGCGGGAGGGGGGUGAGCAGGGGGGUGGGGGGUGAGCGAUUUUAAGCGAGCGCCGUCGGUAACACACUCCAGUUGGUACGUCGGAGCGACUCCCCCAAGCGACGGCGGUGCCCGUGGGUUCCCAGGUGGCCCCCACCCCCCCAACUCUAAUCGUAGUCAAGUCCCCCCCCGCACUCCACAACUCCAGCCUCAUCAACCAUCGUCGGCCGAGACGAUGACAUCCCAAAUCCCCCCCCCCGCCGCCCCUGCCGCCAACUCGCUCCCCUCUUGACCUCUUCCACCCCCCUUACCCCACCCCCCUCCCCUCUUGACCUCCCCUGCCAGUGUCGUGGUCGACUCUGGUCACCACAAGCGGUGGAUCGAAAAUGAGUUAGGAUUUUUUUUUAUUGGGCCGUACCAAGUCCCACCCAUAAAAGGGGGGUGUUGGGUCGGGAAAGGGUUAGGGUCGUGCCACUUUUGAGAGAGAUGGAAUCCGGCUGUACCAACCAAUCACUUCACCCAGGGAGGGGGGAGGAGGGAGGGGGGGGAUUGGCUCAACCGUGAGUGGUUGCCAGCAGGGGGUGAUGUGCAAGUUGCACUACGCCACCCCCUGCGUUUUGAAUGGUACGACCAAUCACUUUUAGGCGGUCGGGAGGGGUGGGGUCGCGAGCAAUGCGGCCCCCCCCGCCCCGUUUUCCGCGCUGUGGAAAUGUAAGCUUUAUAAUAAAUUGGCGUUAAUUAAAUACACUUAAGAAAAAUAAGGUGUGAGAGAGCGAGAGAGUGAGAGAAAAUAUAAAAAAAUGUUCAAAAAAAAACAAUGUUGAUUUGAGCUUGGCUUCGGUAGCUGUUAACUCGACAAGUACAAAUUAAUUUAAGUGCCUUUUUGGGUUCAGCAUUGAGCGCCGGCGCAGCACAGCAACCGUGCCAGGCGGCAUCGGGGGGGGGGGGGACAGCUGACCGUGGCAGCAACCGCGCCCCACGGAGACGGAACCGCGUGAGGUUACAGAACCAGGCAGCACCGCACGGUGACGUGGCCGCCACGGUGACGUAACCACGGCGACGUCAAACCGUUGGUGAUGGAGCCGCGCGUGGCGACGUAACCACGGUGACGGGAGCCACGCGCCGACACCGAUUGGACCGUGGGUGCUAGAGCCCUCGCAUCGUAAUGGAACCACACUUGGUGACGGAACCGCGCUCGCGGUUACAGAACCACCACCACCACCACCCCCUCCUAUCGAGACUCGCAGAGCGACAAACGGGCGUCAUGCGCAGCGCACGAUUGAGUGGGUACGUGAGAGCGAGUGGGUGAGUGCGUGCGAGUGAGUGCGUGCGUGCGAACGAGUGAGCCGUGUGAGAACCUUAGGUGUGGGUGUGCGUGUAUUUGCGGGGAGUGGGAGCUCUACGAACCCUGCAAAGACCCGACUUUGGAUUUUCCGCUCACGGGCCAACACCAGCGGAGGAUAUCUGCACCGGUACUGGAACUCCCCUAGGUCGACUCGGCCUCACGAGUAACCGCUGCGACGUGUAAACAUCGCCACUCGGGGUACUAAGGCGUGAAUCCGGCCACCCACCCUUUUUCGGGUGCCGUGCCGCCCUUAAUGGGUGCUCGCUAACAUCCCUUGCCCCCAACUGUCAGUUUGAAGGCUAUGGGCGGGGGGGGAUCUUUGUCCAUUAAUCUGUGUGCGUGUGGGUGUAAGCUUGGGUGUGCGAGUGUUUACGUUGAUGUGAGUGUGCGCGCGGGUGCGUCUGCACAUGAGUACGUGGGGAGCCGUAGUGCAGCGGUUAGCGCGCUGCGCUACGAAUCCCCGGCGAGCCUGAGUUCGAUUCCCGCUCACGGUUAUCUGAACCGGUCGCGGGCCUCUCCCUAGGU